AUGAGAGUAAGCAAUAAUUUUUCAUCCUUUUUCCCAGUGUGCCGGCUGCAUGACCGUCGGUCUGAUAGGACAGCCGGCCCCGUCUUCAAGUCCUGGCACCUUCACGUUCAGCGUCAACUGGGCGAUAGCCUACGAGCUGCCGAACGUCACAGAGACUUCGAUAUAUUUCCUUCAGAAGAAGUAUUUUAACAAACAGCAUCUACAGAAGAGGAUUAAUAGGAGAGAGCUGUAUGGAAAGUUGGAAGCCAUUUUGGAUAACAUGGGUUACAGCGGCCGAGAGUGUAUCCUGAAGACGUUAUGUGAGACAACACAAAGACUUGUGCCACACGGAGAUAACGUGCUCGAGGAGAUGUUCAGGACUUUGUUUACGAUGCCACCAACAAAACUCCUGCCAACAGAACCACUAGAGCACGCAAUAUACGACGCGGCACAUCGACUCGGGCGCAUAGUAGAUUCAUGCGAUCGAUUCAAAUGUCCGAUCUCAUUGGUCGACCUCAUUAAGGGAUAUUAUAAUGCUCCUGCGCCGAAAGUGGAUGUCGGACUGAAUCCUUGGGCGCUGUUUAGUAGUAAUUUUGGUUAAGUUUGAUAAAUGUUUUUUUUUGAGCAUUUCUCCUCUUAUGAUUUGUUUCUUAUAAGAGUAGAGGUGUGUGUAAUUAAAAUUGUGCUUGAUGGGAAUUAAUUGAAUUAUUUAAUGUUUAUGGGCUUCCUAUA